UUUUCUGUUUUUCCGAGAUAAAAUCCUGUUUUUCGAACUUUUUUUUUUUCUGUUUUUCCGAGAUAAAAUCCUGUUUUUCGAACUUUUUUUUUUUCUGUUUUUCCGAGAUAAAAUCCUGUUUUUCGGAGUUAAAUUUUCUCCGGAAAAGGCGUUCCCUUAAUUCUUCCUGAAGCUCUCACACGCAUGGAUUAUGGUUGCUGCUGCAUCAGACCGACAGUGCUAAAUGAUUUCGAGUUCAACGGUGUCAAUACAGAACCAGCAAUGGCUACAUCCUCAAAUACACCCCAACCACAAGAUGAAGGUCUGAGGAAAUUUCUUCAGAGUCGGGGUAUUCCUGAGGAGAAUAUUCAGAAAAUGCUGCAGGAUCGUAUUGAUACCUCAGUAGUUGAAGAAAUUGAUGAUGACACUUUGGCUGCCUACAUUCCAGCAUAUGGUGAUAGAAUUGCUACAAGGCGGUUCUGUAUGGAAAAAAAGACAACAGGUGGAGUUGAUUCAAAAAGACUGUCCAUGUUUGAAAAACUAAAAAGAAAAAUGUACACAAAAAGCAACAAAGACAGGCAUCAAGAUUCUGAGGAAGAGCAUUCUAACAUGCAUCUAAGAAAUAACAGAAGGGCCUCAAAGAUGACAAGAAAAAUAGAGAUAGGCUGGAUAAAUGAUAAGAGACAGGUGAGAAAACGCAAUGGUGGAGGAACCAGACUUCUUGAUAUUUCCAAGACAGCCACAAAGAAAGACAUUCUGUCACAUGCUAAGGGGCUAUUUUUCCCAAAUGAGAAAUCGAUACAUGGAAUGUGGGAAGAGUUUAGUCACGAUAUUGUCGACUUUCAGGAAGCAAACCUUGAAGACAGUAUUAGUGUGAGAGAACUCUAUGAGGCACAGAAAUUUGGGGUGUUAAGAUUUUACCUUUUCACAGAGCAUCUGACCAAUAGAGAAGACAUCACAGAAAUGGGAGAGGGAGCUGAUAAACAGACCGACGAAGACAAACAACAAAAAAAGACAGCAGAGAAUGUUGAGCAGCUGACACAGAAAACACCAGACAGUAAACAGCAAUCACACACUGUGGAAGAAGAUGGGCAAAGUACCAACAAAAUGUCAGCGUUAGUCUCUACUGCAUCUGAGAUUAUCGAUCUUACAUCUUUGUACAAUACAUCGGAAGUCAUUUUUGGCACUAUGCAAGGUGACGCAUUUUUAGGUGUUUUCGAUGAUACAGUCCCAUUUGAGCCUAUCCUCCCAAUAGAAGACGCACAAAUAAACACUGACACAUUCACCUCAACUCCUAUUCAUUCUGAAACAGUUCCUGCUGCCUCACGAAGUCCUUCUUUUGAACUUUUGCAUGUGACUGUGAAACUUCACAGAGUAAAUCUCUUAGAAGAACUGAUUACUCAAUUCAAGGAUGAAGACAUGAUUAGCUACUCUGUGAAAUACAGCUUCAUUGAUGAAGUUGGUGCAGAUGUGGAUGGUGUGUCCAGGGACGUAUAUGCUGCAUUCUGGACAGAAUUUUUAGACUGUGCAGCAGAGGGUGCAGAUAUGAGGGUUCCAUCGCUGUCCCCAAAAUGGCAAGAAGAAGAAUGGAGAUCUCUUGGUAGAAUAAUGGUCAAGGGAUUGGAGGACCAUGGAUAUUUCCCUUUUCGGCUCGCUCAAGCCUUUACAGCAGCAGUCACAUUUGGUGAACAUUCGGUCUCACCUGAUUUACUGUUUGACUCCCUGAUGUUGUAUCAUAGUCAGUCUGAGCGUGAUCUCUUGUCCACUGCUUUGCAAGAGGCUCUAGUUGGUGAUGAUGAAGAUGAGUUCCUUGAUCUUAUGGAUCGCAUGGGAGUAAGAACAGUACCAACACAAGAAAACUUGAAGGCUGUGCUUCUUCAAGUGGCCCACAAGCAAAUAAUCCAGCAACCGAAAUAUGCACUAGAUAACAUUGCAGCAGUCGCAGGGCCAACUCUCAGGAAGUUUUUCCCCAGUGUGCUUGAAAUCCAUAAGAUGUAUGAUGAUCUUAGACCAACAACGCGAAAGGUGUUAAAGCUGAUCACAGCCUCUCCAAAUACAGCAUCAGAGAACCAAAGUUUGCGGUUUUUACAUCAGUACAUUAGGGGAUUGGAUGAAAUAGGCCUCCGGAAAAUAUUAAGAUUUAUGACUGGGUCUGAUGUCAUCUGCGUUAAGAAAAUUGAAGUCAUAUUCACCUCGUUGGAAGGGCUGGCACGGCGGCCAAUUGCACAUACUUGUGGCCCAACUUUAGAGCUGCCGUCAACUUACAACAGCUAUCCUGAGCUUCGCUCUGAAAUAGAGUCUAUACUGUCCAGUAACUCCUUCACAAUGGACAUUGCAUAG